UAGAGACGAUCUACGUUGGAUGUAUUCAGUGCCUGCUGCGGAAGGUUGCACAACUAUUGGCAUUUACUAGAUAAUGACCCACAACGAAUUUAACCCGUUUACUGGUCGAUUAAAGGAGGCUACACGAUUUCAACCAUUAUAUCCAUUAAAUCCUAGUAUAUUAAAUACAUCAGAACAAAAAAUAAUUUGGGACACUAUGAAGACUAAACCAGUUGAAGUUAAGCUACAAGGUGUUGGUCAAACAACCAUUGAUUCUAAGUUGCUUGACAAAUAUUCAUUUUUCCAGAAAGAUUUGAACAAACCCGUGUAUAGACUGGCAGGAGGAAAAGAUAGGAUAUUAUAUGGUGUAACACUUGCAAUAAUGUCUAUAGCUCUUGUUGAUGCUGGAAAAUUUUUAUAUGAACUUGCAAAAAAGAAUUAAGUAUAUGUAUAUAAUGUAGAAAUAUAUAAAAAUGUAACAUGCAUGCUAUUUA